GGGUGACUUAUGUGAGUACUUAGCUUUGUUGUUGCCGUGCGCCAGUAUGUUUCACUAGAGAAAGGAACUCAUCGUGCAGGUUGUAGAUCAUAUUAUUUUUGUACAUCAUGGAUGUAACCGUGUACAGUUUGGUCAUGUUCACUUGGUUUACUCGUGCUGCUAGCCAACAGUCGAAUGAAAGGAAUGCUGAAUCCCUGAAUCCUUUGAUCUUUGUACCGGCAGCUUCGUCCGGCAUUUCGUACGAGUCCCUGCAGUAUCCUAUGCCCGGUGAACACUACCAAGUCAUACCGCUGACCGUUAGUUCCGGUCGGAUACCUUUCAUACAUCAACCGGUCCAGUCUCCAAUACAGUAUUACCAACCCGAACCCGAGAGACGGGUCGCGGCCUCAUAUGAACCCGUACCCUCCCAACAAUUGACGCCCCGACGACGCGAAGGACAGUCGCGCCCUUCACAACCGUACAAUCCAAAUGGUCAAGACUACAACGGACAAAAUUUCAAAAGUCAAAAUAUCAACGGAUUCAGGCAGCCGGAGGGUCUAAAGCAGUCAGAGGGACUUAGGCAGCCAGAGGGAUGGCCGCAGGCCCGGUAUAGUUAUGGUUAUACGAUCGAAGACAGUAGUACGGGCGAUCUGAAAGACCAGCACGAAAUAAGGGAAGGCGACAACGUGUCAGGAAGAUACAGUCUGGUAGAGCCGGACGGUACCCGCAGGAUAGUGGAGUACACGGCCACACCGGACACCGGGUUCAAUGCAGUAGUUCGCAAGGAAAUAUUCAAUAGGGGCGGCAGACCAAACGAAUCUUAUCAGCCCAAACCGUUAAUGCCAAUAAUAGUUCCGUCCGCCGCUGGAAACGGAGCUCAGAAACCCGAACAUAACAACAAAAUAAUUAAACUUAAAACAUCAUUCAACGUAACAGGUGACCAACAAGGAAACGGAACUGCUGCACCGAAGUCAUGAUCUUAUACAGUUUAGGUGUUAGCGGAAAGAUCACCAAUCACGCACGCAUUCGGGAAGAAGCGCCGAAUUCUACAAUAAAUAAUUUAAUACCUAUUAGACCGUAUAUCAUGUAUGUACACGG